UGACCGCGAGGAUGUAACUUCACAGUGCGAUUUUUAGAAACUUGAAGAAAUCACUAAAAUAUCGAAGAUGAAAAUUAUCCUUGCGUUACUCUGUGCGGUAACUUUGUGCUACGGGAGCGGGAUUCACGUGAACUCGCGAUGCACCCAAACCCCAUUCCCGUGCCACACGGAUGCCAUCUGUUCCAGUAACGGCCAAGGAUUCACCUGUAGAUGCAAAGACGGUUUUAGCGGCAACGGCCAGUAUUGCAAUCCUAACCAUCCUGAUCCUACUGAACCGACCCCACCCCCAAACCCUUGUCAUCCAAGCCCAUGCAGUCCACAUGCUUCAUGCAAUGCACAUUAUGGACAAGCUCAAUGCCAAUGUAACCAGGGAUAUACUGGUAAUGGGCGUCUAUGCACAGCUGACCCAUGUUACAACUGUAACGUCCAUGCGACAUGUCAUGGGUUUGGUCACUAUCGGCGUUGUGUGUGUAACCCAGGGUAUUAUGGUAAUGGACAACAAUGUGUAGACCCUUGCGAAAAUAAGAACUGUCACCAACACGCACAGUGUGUUAGGUCGGGAGCUUCUGCAAGAUGUGUUUGCAAUACUGGAUAUGUGGGAAAUGGAAUUAACUGUGCAGUACCAGACCCAUGUGAGAACGCAAACUGCCACGCGAAUGCCAAUUGCAUUUCAAGAGGUUACCCAGCAUAUACUUGUAUCUGCAAAACAGGAUACGUCGGCAAUGGUUACCAAUGCGAUUUUCCAGACCCAUGUGCUUCAGCAAACUGCCCAGAUCACUCAGACUGUGUUGCGUAUGGUUCAAGAUAUAGAUGUGUGUGUAACACUGGAUACAAUUUGGUUGCUGGACACUGUGUUGCUCCAGACCCAUGUGCUUCAGCAAACUGCCCAGAUCACUCAGACUGUGUUGCGUAUGGUUCAAGAUAUAGAUGUGUGUGUAACACUGGAUAUAAUUUGGUUGCUGGACACUGUGUUGCUCCAGACCCAUGUGCUUCAGCAAACUGCCCAGAUCACUCAGACUGUGUUGCGUAUGGUUCAAGAUAUAGAUGUGUGUGUAACACUGGAUAUAAUUUGGUUGCUGGACACUGUGUUGCUCCAGACCCAUGUGCUUCAGCAAACUGCCCAGAUCACUCAGACUGUGUUGCGUAUGGUUCAAGAUAUAGAUGUGUGUGUAACACUGGGUACAAUUUGGUUGCUGGACACUGUGUUGAACCAGACCCAUGCCACCCCUCCCCCUGCCACGCCCAUGCAACUUGUACAUCGGUGAGUAACCAUGGAAUUAACAUAGCUCAAUGUCGAUGUGAUGCCGGGUAUUAUGGGAAUGGUAGAUACUGUGCGCGUGACCGUUGCUACCAAAACAGAUGUCCAGCCAACUCUCGUUGUGUAAGGCAGGGCUUUGGUUAUGGUUAUGCUCGCUGUGUUUGUUUACCAGGCUACUAUGGAACUUACUGCAGACCCCUCAACAGUUGUGCAAACAGAUGUCAUCGUUACCACAAGGCAUGGCCGUGUCAAUGCAAUGCUUCAUGCGUCAGAUACAGAAACUGUUGCAGUGAUUAUGUCUCAAAAUGUUUUCGUGGACCUCACUAUGGAAAAUAAAACACUGAAUGCAGCUGCCCUGAUGCCCCAUGUAACUUUAAAUGUUCAUAUAUAAUCAAGAAUUUUUAAAUAGUAUAGUGUAUUUCUGUCUGUUGUGCAAAAUUUAAUUGUAAUAUUUAGUGUGGACUCGUUGAUUUAAUACGAGCAUCUAAAUUUCCAUAUAUUACACAUACACAUACACAUAGUAUUACAACGCUUUUUAACCUUUGAAAAUCUGGAAGGAAAUAUAUUUGUGUUGCCUACUACAGUGGUUUAACUAUUAUGUUAAAUUGUUCUUUAUUUUAGAAGAUAAA